AUCAUGACUCCAUUCUCCAAAUUGACUAGAACGAAGUGCAGGCGCAGGCGGACAUACAUGUAGUGACUUUGGGUCAGCAAUGUGCUUGUGAGGUAGCGGACUGAAUGAGACAAUGGAAAACAGUUGCGUCCCCUCAAGUCCGCACUUGUCCACCUUCCACUCUGAGUUGUGCUGGUCGUAAAGCACGUAUACACACAGUAGUCGAGGGAGACGCAGCGCUUGGAGGUCGCCCGGGCUCCUGCUCCUGCUCCUGCUCCUGCUCCUGCUCCUGCUCCUGCUCCUGCUCCUGCUCCUGCUCCUGCUUCUGGAGCCAACGUCUCUCUACCUCCAUCUCUUUCUCUUUCUCGAUCCCUACUUUAUUCCAAUUCCUGCUCCUACUUCGCUUCGCUCCUCUGCACCUGCACCUGCACCUGCGCCUGCACUUGCACUUGCAAGCAUGCGCGAAAGAAGAAGUGCAAGUGCAAGUGCAAGUGCAAGUGCAAGUGCAAGUGCAAGUGCAAGUGCAAGUGCAAGCUGCAAACGUCGCCAUCUUGCUCUCGCUCUCGCUCUCGCUCUUGCUCUCGCUCUCGCUCUCGCUCUUGCUCUCGCUCUCGCUCUCGCUCUCGCUCUUGCUUGAUUGAUUGGGGCCCCUCUUCUCUUCCUCCUUGGUGCGGCACGGCAGACUUGAGGUACGCCAAGGCCUCUUC